AUGGCCGACAGCACGGCCGACCUGCUCGGGCAUGCGCUCGUGCAGGUGGAGCAGCUGACGCGCCCGACUGGCAGCUACGUCCACGAGCGGGCGGCCUCCUCCUCGAUGCGAGUCGAUGGCGGCUCGGCGCGCGUCGACGAGAACUACUCCUUCCUCAGCCGCGUCUACGAGUCGCUCGCGGGCUACGUUCGGAUUGGAUCCGUGCGGAACGCGGCUCGGCUGCUGCUGCGAGAGAGGCACCGAGACGAGGAGGAGGAGAAGGAGACGAGCUCGCGCGAUUCGAUGGCAUCGGUGGUGCUGCGAGCCCGCAGCAGGUCCACCGCUGGCGCCGAGGCUGAGCCCGAGGCGAUGGGAGGCGACGUCUUCUGGUGCUGCACGCCUCGCUUCGAGACGGCGUGCUUCGCACUGUGCGCACUAAACACCGCUCCACUCGGCGGCUUUGUGCGCAGCGCGAUGGAGGCGUCGCUCAAGGAGAUCUCGUACUUCAUCACGGACACGGCCGCGUACAUCGUGAGCAAGAUGUGGGACGACAUGCUCGCCUCUGAGCUCUUCAAGAUCAACACGCUCUUCCUCUGCUCAGAGAAGUACGACCGGCCGUGCAACCAGCCGGCGCCGACGCACGUCCAGUUCGAGUUCUCCUUCACCCUCCUCGCCGCCUGCGCGCUGAUCAAGACCUGGAUCGAGACGCGGGCGAGCCGCAACAACCGCGGCACGCUCAUCGUCCCGACCAUGCUCGGCGUGCUCCGUCGGAUCGUCGCCCGGCAUGUCGAGCACACGCCCGUGACACGCCCCAUCUCUCCGCAGGCAUGCUCGUCGGCUGGCAUCUUCAGCUGCGCAAAGUCGGCCGUGGCGGUCCGGUUGGACGACGCGGACCUCGGCCUCGGCGUCCUCUUCCGUGCGCACGACAUCGCCGAUGCG